GAAGAGCGGCCGCGGCGGGAGGCGAGCCCGCCAGACCCGGCAGUGCCAUGCUGCCUUUGUGCAAAGUUGGGCGGCGGGCUGCACGCCGCGCGCAGCGGCCCCGCACACCCGCGACCGCGCGCAGUCGUGGCUGCUGCUGAGUGACGGGGGGGCCCCCCCGCUCCCCCCCCAGCCCUUGAAGGCGGAGAGAGCUCGCGUCUCGCUCGGCUUCAGGGUAAGUCCAGCUGUAAGCAGAGUGUUUUGUUCUUCACAUCCAGCAAGCCAGGGUUUUAUAAAUGGACACUGACAUGGACUACGAAAGGCCCAACGUUGAAACCAUCAAGUGUGUGGUCGUGGGAGACAACGCCGUGGGGAAGACACGCUUGAUCUGUGCCAGAGCAUGUAAUACGACGCUAACGCAGUAUCAGCUGCUGGCCACCCAUGUACCAACCGUGUGGGCAAUUGACCAGUACCGGGUCUGCCAGGAGGUUUUGGAACGUUCCCGGGAUGUUGUUGAUGAAGUGAGUGUUUCUCUCAGGCUUUGGGAUACUUUUGGCGAUCAUCACAAAGACCGGCGCUUUGCAUAUGGCAGGUCUGAUGUUGUGGUCCUCUGCUUUUCUAUUGCUAAUCCCAACUCCCUAAAUCAUGUGAAAACCAUGUGGUAUCAAGAAAUCAAGCACUUUUGCCCCCGCACACCUGUUGUCCUAGUUGGCUGCCAGCUAGAUCUCCGCUAUGCUGAUCUUGAAGCUGUUAAUCGAGCCCGACGCCCUUUAGCAAGGCCCAUAAAGAGAGGAGAUAUUCUGCCCCCUGAGAAAGGCCGAGAGGUUGCAAAGGAAUUGGGCAUCCCAUACUAUGAGACGAGCGUCUUUGAUCAGUUUGGAAUCAAGGAUGUGUUUGACAACGCAAUCCGGGCAGCGCUGAUUUCCCGCCGGCACCUGCAGUUCUGGAAAUCCCACCUCAAGAAAGUUCAGAAACCUUUACUUCAGGCACCGUUCCUACCUCCAAAAGCCCCUCCACCGGUCAUCAAAGUCCCAGAGUGUCCCUCCACGGGGACGAACGAAGCCGCCUGUUUACUGGACAAUCCUCUGUGUGCCGACGUCCUGUUCGUCCUCCAGGACCAGGAGCACAUCUUCGCACACCGCAUUUACCUCGCUACCUCCUCUUCCAAAUUUUAUGAUCUUUUUCUAAUGGAAUGUGAAGAAACUCCAAAUUGGAGUGAAGUUACUUGUGAAAAGGAGAAGCAGAGCCGGGAUGUCCAGGAGCAGGCAUGGAGUGUUGUUGACCCAGAUGAGGAGCAGCAGGAGGGUACCCCAAGGACGCCUCAGGCUGAGCAGUGGGAGUCCCCCAGCCAGAACCUAUCCCAGCAGGAGAUUCUCAAGCUGGAAGCCGAGGGCUCGAUCCCGGAGACACAGACACUGGCAGGCUGGAGUAAGGGGUUUAUUGACAUGCACAAGGAAAUGCAAGUCAAUCCCAUUUCAAAGCGGUUGGGCCCCGUGACCGUGGUCAGGAUGGACGCGUCAGUCCAGUCGGGCCCUUUUCGGACCCUGCUCCAGUUUCUUUACACGGGGCAACUGGAUGAAAAGGAGAAGGACUUGGUGGGCCUGGCUCAGAUCGCAGAGAUCCUGGAGGUGUUUGACUUGAGAAUGAUGGUGGAAAACAUCAUGAACAAGGAAGCCUUCAUGAACCAGGAGAUUACGAAAGCGUUUCACGUCCGGAAGGCCAAUCGCAUAAAAGAGUGUCUUAGCAAGGGGACGUUCUCAGAUGUGACAUUUAAGUUGGAUGAUGGAGCCAUCAGUGCCCACAAACCACUGCUGAUCUGUAGCUGCCAAUGGAUGGCUGCCAUGUUCGGGGGGUCGUUUGUGGAAAGCGCCAACAGUGAGGUGUAUCUCCCGAACAUAAACAAGAUGUCAAUGCAGGCGGUACUGGAUUAUCUCUACACCAAGCAGUUGUCACCUAACUUGGACCUGGACCCACUGGAAUUAAUUGCCUUGGCGAACAGAUUCUGCCUGCCACACUUGGUUGCACUUGCAGAGCAGCACGCAGUUCAGGAGCUGACCAAGGCUGCUAUGAGUGGCGUGGGCAUUGAUGGGGAAGUGCUCUCUUAUUUGGAGUUGGCCCAGUUCCACAAUGCCCACCAGCUGGCCGCCUGGUGCCUGCACCACAUCUGCACCAACUACAACAGUGUUUGUUCCAAGUUCCGCAAGGAGAUCAAAUCGAAAUCCGCAGACAACCAGGAAUACUUUGAGCGCCACCGGUGGCCCCCCGUGUGGUACCUGAAGGAAGAAGACCACUACCAGCGGGUGAAAAGAGAAAGAGAGAAGGAAGAUAUUGCACUAAAUAAACAUCACUCGAGACGAAAGUGGUGCUUCUGGAAUUCAUCUCCAGCAGUUGCCUGAGGAGGAAGAGGAGGAAAAGCCACAAAUUAACCAUGAAGUCGCCCUCUGAUUCUCUGUGCCCACACGAUCACGGAGCGUUAUUACAUAAUUAGAGGGUUAGCCUUUUGUUGUGAAGUAAAGGGUUGGAAUAAAAUUCCCCAAAGUGCAAGUUAGAGAGUGUUUAAUCUUUGUUCUGCCGACUAACACUGGUAUAAUUACCAAGUCAACUCCAAGAACGUGUAUUUACAAUAUUUGCCGUGUAAGUGCUAGUAAUUAUAUGGUUAUGUGUGCCAUGUAAAAUAUAGUGAUAUCAAAUCUUCUGUUGUUUAAAAUGUCUAGUUUCAAGAGGAUAAUCUUUCUAAUCAUUAGAAGGGCUUAUUAAAUCCCAGCAUUAUUCAGGGCAAACUCACUGGUGGACCUGAAUACAAAAGAUACCAUAAGAGUGUUGGUGUUUGGAUUGCUGUAUUAGGGUCUAUGUCUCUCAGUAUUCAUUGAUCUCGCCAUGCUUCUGCAUGCCGAUUCUCUACUGACUUGAAUCUAGUUGGGUAAGGGCAAGGGUCCCUGAACUCUUUCCCACCAUCUACAGGCUUGUCACAUCUCACCACCAGAAACAAGCUUCCUCAGGUCUCUCACCUGUGGCCAACUUCACUUGUAAGACACGUAUUUUUAAUUCUUCCCAGGGAAAAUCCAUGUUGCUGCAGAAGUAAGCUAAGGAAAGUAGACCACCCACCCCAGCUGAAAUUCAGCGGGGCCUAUGAAGGCGCAAAGCUGGAGGCUGGGUCGUCUGGGGUCCCUGUAUUCUCCAAUGUAGACAGGAAUCUUAUUCCAAAAGUCUAGGAAAUGGUGCUAUUGUGAGUUUGUUCUGACCCCUUGUUAUUCUGAGUUUUCACUGUUAAAAUAGAAAGCACUGAGCCAGAGAGCUUUUGAAAGGCAGUCAAUCAUUGCUUCUCUGUGAAUUAAAGUGUUGCAGCAGUCAUACAAAGCAUUUUAAGGCCACAGCUUCAUAUCUGCCAUGGGAUGCUGUGUGGUGGAAGCUUGGGCUUAUUCUGUUGGGAGGUCAACUUACUGAUGCUAAAGGUUGUGGAUUUGUGUUUUGUUUGGUUUUGUUUUUUCUAGCUUUCAGAGCUUGGAACAGAGACAGUAGAGUCCAGACCCCAAUGUUGACAGUCAUGCAUUUGAAAAUCUAUCCAGAUUAUAGAUAGGCAUUUAUUACUGACAGUGGAAACACACCAGAUACAAGAGUUUGGAGAAGCCCAGAAAUACAUCACCCUUUCAUGACAAGGGCUGGGGAGGGGGAGGGGACAGUAGCGUACAGAGGGAUGGCUGUAAAUGCAUCUGCUUUAAUUUUUCGUCAAUAGAGUUGUGAAUCAUUAAUGGAAGGAGAAGGGUCACAGAAUGAGAGGAUAAAUGCCAGGACUCAGGAAGAAUCAGCAUAUAUCCUGUCACUUAAUGGUAGAGGCUGAGUUUUCAAUGUGCAGUCAGAGUUGAAUUUACACAACCAAAGCUCCCGUUUGAUUGUAAUCUUGCCAAAAACACAAUGGACGUAUAAAUGAACCUGGGGUAAAAGCAAUAAUAUUCACUAGUGUUAUCAGCUACUCUGACCAAGUGGCUGGUUCAUUUGGUUGACGCUGACUAUGGCCUUUAACCAUGAUGGUUUGUUUUGUGUUUUUUAUUUCACAAAAAGCCAAUAAAAUUGUUUAGCU